AUGUGCAGUCUUCACUCGAGCAACUCUCUGGCGGCUGAGAAGCGUCGAGACGCCUGGCCGUUACCCUCCGAGCACCUCUUGGUCCGAGGCCACAACGGUCGCUCCGUGUGUCUACCUCGAGCCCACACUCUUGGCGGUCUCGCCAACAAGUGCCCAGUGAUACUGAGCACUUUGGUGGUGAUCGACUCGGUCGAGCGCGUCCGCUCUACCCUCGAGCCCCUUCUGCGCUGUCCGCGCCAUCAAGCACCGCCUUCGGCCUGCUCGUCGAAGGUGACGACGUCGUCUGACCUCGCCCCUCCGCCACUUUGGUGUGAAAAGGUGAGUGAGUCUGCCCUGCGCACUAAGGUGUGA